AUGACAGCGAUUACACUUUGGGGAAACAUUACGAAUAUUGAAAGUUCAUCAGCUGUGCAGAUUUCUUUGCAUGUGUACGGUUAUUUGAUUAUCGGUCCAAUGCUCAUUUUGAUCAACGCUCCCGUCUUUGUCGUUGUGAUGAUGCGUGAAGCACUCAGGAUACCCUAUAUGUACAACUAUUACUUUUAUGUCGCUCUAAUAUUAUUAAGUUCUAUUGCUGCAUUAUUUAGUAUUAUCCUAAUGGUUGUCGUUGUUGUGAUGCUGAAAAAGAGAUUCGGUGCUGCGUUCCUCUCAAAACAUUCACAUAGUCGCAACUUAGUACAAUUUUUCAAGAAGCAAAAGCGAUACACUCAUACAGCACUGAUCUCUUGUUGUUUUACGUUUUUUCUUGAUGUGGUACCAUCUAUCAUCCAGUGUAUUUUUAUGAUGGAUACUAGUGCAAAGUCAGAGAGCAUUAUGAUGUUAUGCAUAUAUUUACCUUUAUUGAAUUCCUUCAAUAUGGCAAUAUUAUUCUUGUAUCGGCAAGAGGAUGUUCGGAAUGCAGCAGUUCACGUCUUCAGAAAGCUGUCCCGUAGAAAUAAUAUUCACCCA